AUUAUAAGUAAUUUAGCAACAGGCCUCAUUCCUACAAAAUUCUGCAAGAGACCAAGGAUUUACAGCUGAUUUGAGCCAAAGACAAAAAAAGAAAUCAAAAUGAAAUCUUUUACUGUUUGCAUAGCUUUGGCUCUUCUCAUAGCAGUUACAAAUGCCAAUUACUUUGGCAAACGAGGAAAUGAGAAAAUCGACCUGAAAGACAUCAUUCAAAGUAGAAUGGAGCAGAUUGACAGUCUCAGGCAAGAGAAUAUGGAAGCAGUACUAAAUGAUAUGGAGAACCUCAUUGCAAUGUGGCGUGCAAAGAUCCAAGCUGUCACCAAGGAGAAGUAAAUUCUUGGAACUAGGCUACCCUACAUGGUGGUCAAGCAAAAGAUGGGUGAUAUUUUUACAAAAACAGUUCCCAAACAUUCCGAAAGUCUCAAAAGCAGAAAAACAACUGGAGAAAAUGAGGUUCACUCCCAAUUUUGACAAUUUUGGCAUAUACCAAAUUUUUAGACUUGCCCAUAAUUCAGACAAUAGUUUACUAGAAGAUGAUAGAAAAAAGAUUUAUGCAAAGUAUACACUAUACAGUGUACAAAGCCACCUCAAGUUUCUUUUAAAAAUGUUGCUAGGUAAAUCAAAUUGUGUUUUAUCUACACAGGGUAUCAAUACAGAAAUUAAUAUCUAUAAAAUAAAAAAUUGCUUAGUUGUCAUAAUUACAUUCUAUUGGUGGCUUAGUUACGGUAAAUUUUGAAAUUAUCUGUUACACCAAUCAAAAAGAAAUUCUUUUGUUAAUACAAUAAAAGAGUUUGGACUUGAAAUGAUCUGAUGUAUUGUUAAAGUAUAUACAUGUACAUGUGUACUUCUGUUAAUAAACACUCCAUUUGUAAAUAUAUUAUGUUUGCUGGUAAAUCUAUUAUUUAAUUGCAAUAGCUAAAACAGUCCAAAAAUGCACAACAAUCAUCCACAAUACUCUAUGUGUUAUCUUCAAUAUGCAUUUGUCCCAAUUUUCUGCAAAUUAAACGAUGAAUUCUCCACAUGAGAUAAGUGUUCUAAAAAUAUGGUGACAUUGACACCAUCAUGAAUUUACUGCCAUUUAGUGAGAUUUUCAAAAUAAAACAUCUCUUUUUUGGACUAUUCCGAAGAUAUCAUGGACGUAGCCAGGGGGA